AGCUUUGCAACAUCAGGGAAACAACCUGGUUGCAAGCAGAAUUAUCAACCAUACAGUUUGCACAACCGACCGGUGCGGUGAAGUCCGAUAUUGGAAAUGGGCAAUAACGCCAAAAUAAGGUUCAAGAAAUUUGCGUCAAUCCAAGAGUAGGAUUGCAACUGCUGCAGGCCUCUCCGACUUCUCAAAUGUUUCAAACCCAGGGUUUUAGGGCACUCGACUUUCCUGUUAAAGCCAAAAUGCCGUUCGACCUGGUCCUUCCCCAUUACCUGUCCAACGAGGAACUCGGUUACAGGAAGAUCCCCAAACCUUGCAUCAAUCCCACUUUAACAUUUGCCCAAUCAAGAGGGUUCGACCAUAUCGACUCAAACGAUGUUUUGCACAACAACGACAAGAACAAGAAGGAGAAAAAGACGAAAAAGUCAGUGUCUUUCGCGGAUCACAGAGGUCAUUCGCUGACCCGGGUCAAGACAUUCUCGGAGAGUAAAGACCCCAUUGAGAUUCCUAUCAACAUUCAAAAGCUGUUCAGCAACUCGGCCCAGCUCUCGGCGGUGGAGGAGGAGGAGGAGGACAAACUGGUGUUGGAUUUCACGCAACCUUCCGCCGACUACAUGCAGUUCCGCCGGCGGCUAGGGUGGUGCAACGUCUGCCUGGAGCACUGCAUGCUCAAGGAGAGGACGCUGGCUGGGACCGUUCGAGUGAAAAACCUAUCCCUGGAGAAAUCUGUGACCGUGCGCAUCACCUUUGACUCCUGGAAAAGCUACACUAACGUGACUUGCGCUUACGUCAUGAGCACGUAUCCAGACACCGAGCACGACACGUUCUCGUUUGAGGUGCUAUUGCCAGAUGUUCUGGUGCCGCACGAGCGCAUUGAGUUCGCUAUCUGUUAUGAAGGGGGCGGCAGUGUGCAUUGGGACAGCAACCAGGGCAAGAACUACAAGGUGGUGUGGUCAUCACAGAGGGAACGCGGUCGACACCACCAGGGGAGGCGACGCUCGUCUCUUCUGGGGAUCCACUUUGACGCCUACGGCAGCCCCACGUGUUCCCACGGGCUCUUCCCGGAUUGGCCAGGCUAUAAUGUGUACGAAAACAUUGGGCCUUAUUAUUGAGCGUCUUCUCAAGGAAUGUUUGAAUCACACGUUUUAACGUGUGAUUCAACGUUUACACACACACACACACACACACACACACACACACACACACACACACACACACACACACACACACACACACACACACACACACACACACACACACACACACACACACACACUUUAAUUACCUGAUUAAAACCACCAAGGCACUGCUGAUAAGCUUAGCUAUCUCUUUGGCAGUCCCUGUGAAAUAAAUAUUUUUUAAAUAAACGAAAGCCUUAUUUAAUAAAUGAACCUUAAACAGAUGCUGCUAUGUUAAAAUGUGAUUUGUCAUAAUUGUGGUUGUAUCAAGUAUUUGAUUUGGCACUAUUUCGAUGCAAAGAUGAUUAUAACUACUGGUCCAAUGAAUAGUUUGAGCUGAUCAAUUGUGUAGUAGAGUAAACUUCUUGCCUGUUUGAGAAGUUAACACAUAAAACACAUAACACAUAAAAAUGUAUUGCCUUUAUUUUUGCCAUUAUUGUAUGAUGCCGAUAAACCUUGCACAAGUGAAAGAAACGUUAAAAUAGCUCUAUUAAUUGAGCAUCAAGUAUUGUGCUCUAUGGGUAGGUGAUAUUAUAAUAGUCGCCCGCAAUAUGAGUGUUUCAUUGUCAACACCUGUUUUUUGAAAAGUCUCCUGUGCUGUGGCUUUUUCAUUUGUGUUCUGGAGUUUGCAGUUGUGUUGUAGAGUUUGCAUUUGUGUUUUGUGCCUGUUUUGUGCCUUUCUUUUAUUCCGUUAAUAAGCUUGUGUUUUUCGGAAUUUGCAAAGCAUUGUGGAAAUGCAUUUCGUUGAACACGUCUCGUACGCACCAUAGGUUCAGGCUGUCGGAUGAGAAGUCAGAAGGACAACCAAGUCUUUGUUCCUGCUUAUCCCCGCCGCUCAUCAGCUCAGUCCAGGCCUCGGAGGUAAACAAGGAAAAAAACUGGUGUUCGACCUCAAGCCUCCCUCCUCGACUAUCUGCUGUCCCGUGGGCGGGAGCACACCGCAAGACCUGAGCAUGCGGUGCUUUGGAGUUCAGUAGAAAUCAUAGCUAUCUAGAAGCCUGAGAACAACGGCUACAACUAAAAUAAUGAUGGCCUAAUGUUACUCUAUGUAUGUUAACUGCUGAAGAGUACAAUAAACAGAUUUUUAAAUUAUUGUAUUGUUGGGGUGAUCCAUUCCUUUAAUUUAUACUGGCGUGUUAGUUAAGACUGUACUGCUGUUGUGAUUUAGAAAGGGUGAAAUAAACUCACAGAUGGGCCGGUUUGUUUGAUACCGCAGGUCGCGGGGAGACGUGCUAAGAGAACCAGAAAAAAAGCAGACAUGAAAGAAAAGGGCAGUUGGAAACUAGGAAUUAAGUUAGACU